ACCAACCUUCGUUGAUUUGAUUGAUCCGCCUUCGGAUCUUUCUUCCGUCGAUUCCGCCGCAGCAAGCAAUGAUAGUUGGCCUCAUUUCUAAUGUCACAUGGUCAUCGUCAAUGGAGCAUGGUCAGGGUUAAAGAUGACAGAUUUCAAGGCGGUGGUGCCGGCGGCGGCGGCGCAAGUUCUAAGGAAAAAAAACCCUUUUGGUCUCGCAUGAGCAAAGAGUUAGGCGGAAUCGUUAAAUCCAUUGAUGUAAACGUAAGAAAAUCUCAAACGCCUUCAACUAAGAGAAUAAACAGCAUACAACAAACAAUGUCAGUUUCUGACGACCUCGUCGCCGCCGACGAAGAUGAACAACAACAUCAAGCAGCAUCGUCUUCCUCGUCCUCCUCGUCGAUGAAGGUCCUCGAAAAUGGCGACCUAUACAGCGGACAGAUGUCUACAGACCAUCUCCCACACGGCCAAGGUAAAUACCUCUGGACAGACGGUUGUAUGUACAUGGGCGAAUGGCAAAAGGGGAAAAUCAUCGGUAAAGGUAGAUUCAGUUGGCCCUCUGGAGCCACCUACGAAGGUGAAUUCAAGAGCGGUUAUAUGGACGGAACUGGUACUUACACCGGCGGUGAAGGAACUUAUAAAGGAAACUGGGUUUCCAAUCUAAAACACGGCAAAGGCACCAAAAACUACGCCAACGGCGAUUACUACGACGGCGACUGGCGACGAGGCUUACAAGAAGGUCAGGGAAGAUACCAUUGGAAAAACGGUAACCAUUACAUCGGACAAUGGAAGUUCGGCUCGAUGAACGGAAACGGAACGAUGAUAUGGACCAACGGAAAUCGGUACGACGGGAGUUGGGAAGAUGGGUUGCCCAAGGGAAAUGGAACUUUCCGGUGGGCUGACGGGAGUUUCUACGUCGGAGUAUGGAGUAAAGAGCUUAAGGAUCAGAAUGGGACGUUUUAUACGUCGGAUUCUGAUACGGGUUGUCAGGGUUGGGAUCCUCAAAGUAUAUUUACAGAUGAUUUGAGCAGUUGUAUGGUUUGUCAAUCGGAGAAGGUCAAUCUUUUGCCGUCACAGAAAGUUCUGGAUUGGCCUGGCGGAGGAGAAAGAACACUUACCAAACAGAGGAGAACGUCGGUGGACGGCGGAAGGAUGAGUAAUGCUAGUGUUUUCAGUUCAGGACUUGCCGAUGGAGAUGCGGCGGCGGGGGCGGGAGAGAGCGAUGACGACGACAACGACGAUGAAGGGGCAAGAAUUCGAACGGGUUUGCCGUCGUCUAGAAGAUUGUUGCCGCCUAUUAGUGUUAAGGCUUCAAAGAGACCAGGUGAAACCAUUUCAAAAGGACAUAAGAAUUAUGAUCUUAUGCUUAAUCUGCAGCUUGGGAUAAGACAUUCAGUCGCGAGACCUGCUCCGUCGUCCUCGCUCGAUCUGAAGCCUUCGGCUUUCGAUCCGAAAGAAAAGGUUUGGACGAAAUUUCCACCCGAAGGUUCGAAAAAUACACCGCCCCACCAAUCUCUUGAUUUCAGAUGGAAGGAUUAUUGUCCAUUGGUUUUCAGGACAUUAAGGAAAUUGUUUGUGGUAGAUGCAGCUGAUUACAUGUUGUCCCUCUGCGGAAACGAUGCCCUUCGUGAGCUUUCAUCUCCCGGAAAAAGUGGCAGCUUCUUUUACUUGACUAACGACGACAAAUACAUGAUCAAGACUAUGAAGAAAGCGGAAUGUAAAGUGCUCAUAAGAAUGCUUCCUGCUUACUACAACCACGUCCGAUCUUUUCAAAACACGUUAGUCACGAGAUUCUUCGGUCUCCAUUGCGUAAAACUAACAGGUACUGCCCAAAAGAAGGUUCGGUUUGUUAUAAUGGGAAACCUGUUCUGCACUGAGUACGCAAUUCAUAGGCGGUUUGACCUGAAAGGCUCUUCUUUGGGGAGAAAUACAGAUAAACCCGAAUCUGAGAUCGAUGGUUCUACGACUCUUAAAGACCUCGACCUCAAUUAUAUCUUCCGGUUACAGAAGUCUUGGUAUCAAGAAUUCUGCAAGCAAGUGGACAGAGAUUGUGAGCUUCUCGAGCAGGAGAGGAUUAUGGAUUACAGCCUCCUGGUUGGACUUCACUUUCGGGAAGUCACUCCCGAGCCAGGGCUUACAACCACUGCCUCUGGACAUCGGACUCCUACAGGUUCAUAUCUCAAAGUUCUACAUCUUUCUUCCAUCCUUUAUGAAAGCAAUCAAUCUAUCUAUCGCAUUUCAGGGUCCAAAAGUGGAGGACGCACCCCUCCUCGGCUUUCAAAAGCAGAGAUGGAUAGAAAGUUGUCGGAGCCUAAUAAGAGUUUGUCAACGUUCACCUUAGGCAUUAACAUGUCAGCCCGUGCUGAACAAAUGGUAAGAAAAAGCGGUAACGAGCUCCAACUAAUAGGCGAACCAACAGGAGACUACUACGAAGUGAUAAUGUUCUUUGGCAUAAUAGACAUUCUUCAGGAUUACGACAUAAGUAAGAAGUUGGAGCAUGCCUACAAAUCAUUUCAAUACGACGCCACUUCAAUCUCAGCCGUCGAUCCCAAACAAUAUGCAAAACGGUUCAGGGAUUUCAUUUUCAAAGUAUUCGCAGCUGACGACAGUUAG